AUGUCUCUUGCACCAUCCACAUCAGCUAGUAGGGGAGGCGUUACUUUACAACCAUCUUUUUUCACCUCUUCUCUCUAUGUCAAUCCCUUUCGAGACGACAUACGAACACUUAUACAUGCUUACCAUGAACAAUACUCUCAAUCCUCGGAGAAGCCGUUUGCGCUUUUCAAGAAAGUAUGGCGUGCGCAGGGUUGGGAAUGGCUACACUGCAAAGUCUUCGACAAUCGUAGUAGGGAAGCUCUUAUGAAUGUGUCACACCGACUCUUCUUAGAGCGUACAGUGAAAACAGAGGCGCCCUUUACGCGUGUCGUCGCGCUAUUUGGGCUGUAUACAUUCUUCAAUACUCAACCUACAGGCUCUGCACCCCCUUUGUACUCGAUGAAGCAUAUUCUUAUUCCUAUUGACCAGUACUCUUCCCUUCUGCUCCUCCCGACGACACUGGUGUCAGAAAUACUGCGACCGUUACAGCCAUACGUGUCACAUAUACUCGAAUGUCUAGUGAACUCUGAGGUUUUUCAUAUCAUUCCCUCUUCAAAUCUCAAUGCAUUCAACCCUCGCCAACUUCCUCGGGAACUCUACGUAGAUUCAAUAUCUUCUGAAUCUGACUUACAGAAAUCUAAGAAAGCAGGGCGCCCUACAAAACGUGACAAAGCCAAGAAAGCAAAGGCGGCUCUCGACGGCAUCGACAAGUGGAUGCACAAGACGUCGGUGCCAAGUCAUUCGAUGGAGGGUGGCCCUGCCUUCGGAGCACCAGCGACGACGCAUUACCUGCUUGCUCAACCUCCGACCCAAACUCUGACAGAAUACAAAGCAGACAAAGCAACCAUGUUGGAUGCAAUAGGUUUCUCUCCCAAUCAUCCUUCCGGUGUCCAUUCGGCAAUGGAGCAAGUGAAUCACGAUGUGUUGGAAAGGCUCAGACAGCUGCAAGAGACAGAGGGCCCAAAGCUUAAAACAGAAUCAAUGUCUUUUGCAGGGAAAGAAAGAGCGGAGCGUGCAGUUAGAGAGAUGAAGGAAAAGGGUGGACCAGGAUUACUUGGUUUGCUCGAAGGCAGUGGAUUGGAGGAAUCUUGUUCGUAA